AUGAGAGGCUUCUUUGCAAUAACAAGAGCUUUUAUUGCUCCUUAUGCCAAAUAAACAUUUAAUUUCUCUUCCUAGCAGUCUAAAAUUUAAAUGAGAAUAUAUGUUACAAAUCUACUAUUACAAGUGUCAUUAACAAAAUAAAUCAUAUUAUUAGAUUAUCCUCUACAAUGUCAGGUUUACGUAUUGCUAAUUUAUACAAUUUAUGCUUAUUUUCAUUAUUAGAAGAGGCUUAAGGCAAUAUUAAUGAUUUAGUAUUAUUAGGUAAAUUUAUAUUUAUGAAUUUUAAGAUGACUCGACUGAUUUAGAUAAUAGACAAAUUGGUGUACAUUAAGGAUGUAUAGUUUUCAAAUGAUAAAAAAUUAUUAAUAAAAAUAUUACAAAUUUGUAUAAAUUAUACAGCAAUACAAAUUAUUCAUUAAAACUAAUCUAGUUCAUACAAAAAAUAUAUGACUUUUUAAGAUUCUGACUUAACAAUUAUAUACUUUAAACUUUUUUAUGUUCAAAUAGAUAUAAAUUAAUCUUCCUCUUCAAAUUGA